AUGUCCGCCCUUCCACCAUGGGAAGCCAUGGAGCACUACGCGGCGGGUUCUGGUUGGAAGCGCGUCGAAUCGAACGGUGACCGCCGCGAAUUGAAGAUUGACCGCCUUGAAACAAAGGUUGACCGCAACGGGGCUGAGAUCCAAUACGUCAAGUCCAUCGUUGUUGAAAUCACUCUUCUCACCAUGAGAGCGAUUGAUGGCGACAGAAAACCCCUGCGGCAGUGGGUGUGGGUCGUUGGGCGAUGCCUGGAGACCGGUGGCAAAGGACGUGGCUCAGUCAAGAAAGAAUAG